AUUUCUCUCAAACGAUAAACCCUAGCAACCUCUCUACCAUUCUGUAAAACCCUAAUUCCCCUCGGUCUCUCUCAGUCUCUUUGGCGAAAAUGAGACCUCCAAGAGGACGUGGUGGCGGUGGAUUCGGUGGUGGCGGUGGAUUCAGGGGAGGCCGUGGCGAUGGAGGAGGUAGAGGAAGAGGAAGAGGAUUCGGCGCCCCGAGAGGGGGCCGGAGCGAUUUUGGUCGUGGAAGAGGACGUGGUGGUAGCCGUGGACGAGGAGGGCCUGGAGGAAUGAAGGGUGGUAGUAAAGUCGUCGUUGAGCCUCAUAGACACGAGGGAGUCUUCAUUGCUAAGGGUAAGGAAGAUGCUCUUGUCACUAGGAACAUGGUUCCCGGUGAGGCUGUGUACAAUGAGAAGAGGAUCUCUGUUCAGAAGGAGGAUGGUACCAAAGUUGAAUACAGGGUCUGGAACCCCUUCCGUUCUAAGUUGGCUGCUGCCAUUCUUGGUGGUGUUGAUGAGAUUUGGAUUAAACCUGGAGCUCGUGUUCUAUAUCUUGGAGCUGCUUCUGGGACCACAGUCUCUCAUGUGUCUGAUGUUGUUGGGCCUGAAGGAUUGGUUUAUGCAGUUGAAUUUUCUCACAGAAGUGGUAGAGAUUUGGUCAACAUGGCCAAAAAGAGGACUAAUGUCAUUCCCAUUAUUGAAGAUGCCAGACACCCUGCCAAGUACAGGAUGUUAGUUGGGAUGGUAGAUGUCGUCUUUUCUGAUGUUGCUCAACCUGAUCAGGCAAGGAUUUUAGCAUUGAAUGCUAGUUACUUCUUAAAAUCCGGAGGUCACUUUGUAAUCUCCAUCAAGGCAAACUGCAUAGACUCGACAGUUCCCGCAGAGGCCGUAUUCCAACAAGAAGUGAAGAAGCUUCAGGCUGAGCAAUUCAAGCCUUUCGAACAAGUUACUCUUGAGCCCUUUGAACGUGACCAUGCUUGUGUUGUUGGUGGCUACCGCAUGCCAAAGAAACAAAAGCCUGUCGCUUAAAUAUAUAGCUCUAGCUAGACACUUCGAAUCUAUUAUAAUAUUUGUCAGCAGCAGCAAAGUUAGCAGAACUUUUUGAUUUGUUUUUAUGUAGUUUUUUUUUGAUUUGUUGGAUUGUAAUUGCUGAACAUGGCGUUUUGACUUUAUGAGAUUAUUAUAUAAUGCAGUUUUGCUCAGUUUUUUUAUUA